AUGACCCCGCCAAUGCCAGCCUCUGGUAGCUCUACUGCCCGAUCAUCGACACUUAAUACACCACACUCACCCCUUUAUUGCGGAACAUGUAGUCGUCUCUUGACUGAUCCAGAUAAGCGGAGAAAAGGUGAUGGAUACUAUAAACACUGCAAGAAGUGCCGCGAUAAACUUACAGUAUCCCGUCACCAACGGAGGAGUGAAGCUAUUAAGAGAAAAGUGGAUGAUACGGCGCCCAAUUCACCAAAUCAAAAACUCUGUCUAAGCAAGCCGGGUAAGACAGGAGACAAGUAUCAGACUACUCCUUCCAGUGCUCCCAGUGCUCCCAACGCUCCCAACGACCGAUCGGAACAUCUAGCUUCAAAAAGUUCUUGCAACUCAAUUGAGCAGGACGUAAACCUGCCAACUCAGCUUCCUAAGAAAACCAUUCACAAGCCUAGUGAAAACGAUAUCACCAUCAUCAACGACUCAGUGCCUGGUGUACGAAAAUGUUCAGUGUGCUCAGAAUCAAUCCCAAUCCCAGAUUUCCCUCACCUUAGCUCCUGCAACCAUAUACCAGACGUAUGCCAUGAUUGCCUUCUUCAAUGGCUAGAUCAAGAAAUGGCUGCAACUCAAGAUAUCCAGAAGAUACGAUGUCCAAGCGACUGCGCAGGUUUGAUGACCUAUCAAGAUAUACAAAAGUAUACCUCGGCUGAAGUAUUUGAUCACUAUAACGAAUUAUCCCUGCGUAGCUUUCUCAGUACCCAGGAAGACUUUAUAUAUUGUAUCGCGCCAGGGUGCUCCUCAGGACAGAUACACGAUACUACAACAUUAGGCGAACAAGGUCCGAUAUUCCGAUGUAUCGGUUGUGGAUAUCGGAUGUGCACUGCACAUACGCCCGUGAUACCAUUUCACGAGAACGAGACAUGUGCGGAGUAUAACAAACGUAUCGAGACUAAGCCAGCACAAGAAGGGGCCAGUGCUGCGCUCCUCAAAGAGAAAGCACAGAAAUGUCCAGGGUGUGGGUCUCAGAUUGAAAAAACGACGGGAUGCGACCACAUGACCUGCAAGUGCGGGUUCGAAUUCUGCUAUGUUUGCCGCGCACCAUAUGCUGGCCCACAGGGCAUUCGCGCUGUGGGUAAUUCAGCUCAUCGGGAAGACUGCCAGUAUCAUACUACCAGACUCCCUGCCCAUCCAGACACAGUUUUCGGGUCUUGA